AUGAACACGGAAACCCGUUCGUUAACCCUCUCUACGUUCUCUCUGCAGGCUCCCAAUCCUUGCUUCAACUGGAACGGACAGAACAUGAUCUGCUGCCCCGGCAGCUGCGGGCCGAACGGGGGCCCAUUGGCUACCUGCGCGGGAUCCCCCGCGACCACUCCUGCUCCACCGGUCACUUCUGCCCCUGAAACCUCCCCCCCGGCAACGUCUCCCCCGGUCACUCCCCCCCAGCAAACCUCCCCCCCGGAGACAUCCCCCCCGCUUACCUCUCCCCCGGUUACAUCCUCCCCGGAAACCGCUCCCCCGGUUACUUCUCCUCCGGUUACCUCUCCCCCGGAGACUUCCCCCCCGGCCACUUCUCCCCCGGUCACCCCCCCCGGUACGAACCUCCCCCCGGCCCCUGCUGGUUACCAGUGGGUCGCUAACCCGGGGCUUAGCGACGAGUUUAACGGCGACUCGCUCGACCGGAGCAAGUGGCAGCCCAUCAUUCCGUACUACUCGGGCCGGCUGCCCAGCCAGUACAGCACCGCGAACGUGGCGGUGGGUGGCGGGUACGCCAGGCUGACGUCAACGACGGCCGUGAACGACGUCAGCCAGGUGGCAAACCCGUUCAGCGACCCGUGGAUCAGCGCGGCCGCGCUCGCGAGCACCGGCGCGUACGCGGGCCUGGGGUACUACGAGGCGCGGAUGAAGGCCUCCGACAUCCUGAUGACGUCAUCCUUCUGGUUCCAGUCGCAGCACACCGAAACUGACGUCAUUGAAACGAUCGGCGACCCGAACAACUUCCGCAGCCGCUACAUGCCGAUCAAUACGCACUACUACCCGAACGGCGUCAGCGAAGCUCCCGACCAGUCCACGCCGUUCUUCUACCGGCUGCCGGACGGCGUGCUCACUUCCGGCGACUUCCAUACGUACGGCCUCUGGUGGCAGGACGCCCAAACGCUGCACUUCUACUUCGACGGACAGCUGGCAACCACGAUCACUCCGGCGGGGCCUUUCACCGAGUCGCAGUACCUGUUCUUCGACACCGAAGUUUUCAGUCAGUACGGACUGCCCAGUGUGGCCGAUCUCAAAGACCCGAGCAAAAACGUCUUCCUGAUCGACUACGUGCGCGCGUUUUACCUGGUUCCAAACGGAAAAUGA